UCUGUCUUGUCGACUCUCCACCUUAGAUUAAUAUUUCCCGUAUUUCUAACCAUGGCAGACUCUCAGCCCACACUGAACAGCCUCGCGGCCAAGGUUACUGAGCUCUCAGAGACCUUGACCCGCUAUCUCCAGGAGAACAACGUCCCGGCGCCCACCUUUGCCGCGGACAGCCCCACUAGCUACACCAACUUGACACCGGAAAUCUUCGUGACGCGGCAGCUGCUACUUGACACUCUGGCGGAUCUGUCAUAUCUAACACAGGGUCCGAGUGAGAGCAUCUUCAACUACGCCCACACUUGCAUGCCCGACGUCGCGGCCCUCAACAUCCUAAAUCAUUUCGACUUCUGGUCUGCCGUGCCCCUAGAGGGCUCGGCCUCGUACGCCGACAUCGCGAAGCGCACAUCCCUGCCGGAGGAGGUCGUCCAGCGGGUCCUGGAGCACGCCACGACCCUCCGCAUCUUCGCCGAGGCGGAGCCCGGCAAGCCGUCAUCGGGCGUCGUCCGGCACACGUCCCGGUCCGCGGCGCUGGCCCGCUCCUCGGGGCUGCGGGGCCUCGUGUCCACGCUCCUGGACGACGCGGGCCCGCCCAUGACGGUCGCUCACGAGGCGCUGCGGCGGCACAGCCGGGGGAAGGACGCCCUGACGCGGGACAUGGGCGAGACGGCCUUUGCGCUGUUUUACGGCGGCGGCGCGUUUGGCAAGUACGCCAACUCGUGGGAUCUCCUCGAGAACGACGGCGAGGGGAAGGAGAAGGGGUGGCGGCAGAAGAACUUUGUCGAGUUUAUGCGCUAUAUCAAGGAGAUUUUCAAUUUCGAAACUGUGGUGUCGGAGGCUCUCGACUGGAAAGCGGCGGGGAAGGCAACGGUGGUUGACGUGGGUGGCUCGGCCGGACACGACGACGUCGUGCUGGCAAAGCAGUACCCGGACCUUACCAUCACGGUUCAGGACUUGCCAAAGGUCCAACCCGUGUUUGAGGCCAACGUACCCACGGAACUCAAAUCUCGCGUGUCAUUUAUGGAACAUGACUUCUUCGAGCCGCAACCAGUCCAGGCCGAUAUCUACUUGAUCAAGUUGAUCCUUCACGACUGGCCAGACCGUGAGGCCGUCAAGAUAUUGCAGGGUCUGGUCCCGGCCAUGAAGCCCGGCGCACGCGUCCUUUUCAUCGACUACGUCGGCAAGCAGGGCGAAGCAGAUGGGCCGCCGCUGCCGCGCUCGAUUCAGCAAAUGGGCACCGCGACGGAUCUUAGGAUGAUGGCGCUCUUCAAUGCGAGAGAGCGUCCUGUCGAUGCUUGGACUGACAUCUUCCGUGCUGCGGACGAACGGUUCGAGAUUGUUCGUGUCAAUGCCAACCCGCUGACCUUCAUUGUGGUCAUCGAGGCUGUUUGGCGCGGGUAGCGACCCUACCCUUAUGUGAUGCGGCCAUGUCGUUGAGUGUUCGAAGUCGGGUUGACGCCGGGGGCCCUUCAUCUUCGUCUAGUAUUCAUAGACAUAUCUUGCUGUAUCCGAGUGGCUGGGAAAUUGCAUCAAAAGCGUGAUAUUCACAGCAUUUGCCAACUAUAUCAAGCCCUGGAAUCGCUUCCGAUAUGAGAUAUAGACGUUCGAUUGGAGAUAUUCCGCUAUUGCUACCAUUGGAUGUUUA